AUGUAUCUCCCCCGCCAACUCAUCUCCCACCUCUACCAACAACUCCUCCGCUCACACCACCCGCUCUCCCCGCCCGUUCUGAUCCUCGUGGCUCUCGAGCCCGAUGCCCUCUGUGCCUGUCGAAUUCUCACUGCGCUCCUGAAACGCGACUACAUCCCGCACAAAAUCCAGCCGGUAGCCGGAUAUGGCGAUCUGGCGCGCGCAGGCGAGGAAUUGGUUAAGCCCAUGCGGACGAACAAUGGCGGGAGUGGUGGAGUAGUUGUAUGUUUGGGGGUGGGAGGCCUUGUGGAUCUGAGCGAGAUAUUAUGCUUGAGCACUGAAGAGGAAGAUGAGGAAGAGGACAUGGGCGGGGUUGAGGUGUGGGUUUUCGAUGCUAGGCGGCCGUGGAACCUAGCUAAUGUGUUUGGGGAUGGGGGCAUUGUGGUCUACGAUGAUGGGGAUAUUGAGGAGGAGUUGGGGAAGGAACGGGAGGCGUAUUGUGAGUUGGUGGCUAUGCCCGAGGUGGGUGAAGAGGAUGAGGACGAGGACGAGGAUGGCGACUCGGGGAGUGAUCGCGAUGAGGAUCAUCCUUCGAGUUCCGACUCGAAGAAACGCAAGUCGUGGUCGCAUUCACCGUCGCCGGUACAGCCCAAGCCCCCGUCAGCGCGCACACUACGACGACGAUUGCUGCGCAUGAAAAGGAAGCACGAAAAUGUGCUGCAGAGUUACUAUUCGUCAGGGACGUCGUACUCGGAACCGAUCUCCUCCAUUGUCUAUUCCCUUGCGUCCGAGCUCGGUCGUGAAGACAACGAUCUGCUGUGGCUGGCCAUUGUGGGUGUCUCGAGCUUGGAACUGAGUGGCCGUACCAUGUCUGGAAGGGGUGAACGAAUACGGCAGAUCCUACGCGACGAAGUUCUGCGAUUAAACCCUCCCGAUCCGUAUGAGCGAGAUCGCGAUAGCAGAGGAGAAAUCAACGGCGUCAUCCCGACCACGGCACGGUCUCCGACGGACAAAUCGAUUCGGCUAUCGCCUGAACCGCGUUUCAUCCUCGUACGGCAUUGGUCGCUCUACGACAGUAUGCUACACAGCCCGUACCUAGCAUCCAGGCUUCAUGUGUGGACGGAGAACGGAAAGAAACGACUACAUAAACUGCUAGCCAAGAUGGGCAUCAGCUUGAACCAGAGCCAUCAAAACUAUACCCAUAUGGACAUGGAACUGAAGCGAGUAUUACGACAACGCCUCUUGAAGUAUGCACCAAUGUACGGCUUGGACGGACUUGUUCCGCCGGAGGCAUCUGGGCAUGCCAUCUCUCGCGAAGGAUGGGGAUUUGUGCGCUGUUGGGGCUGGAAAGCUUGCCUCUCUGCCACCGAUGUGGGUGUUAUCAUCGGUGCAAUCCUUGAAGUCGGGCCUGAAGAAGCCCCCGGAGUGUGGGAUGCCAAACGCGCGUCCAGAACGGCUACAACAUCCAAUGCCGACGGGUCCACCGAGUCAGAUCUGGCCAGCCUGCUACCCCGGUUUUGGAGCGCCUACGACGCUCUGUCAUUGACUUCGGAGUCGCCGACGCUCCUGCUGUCAUCUCUCCCUCUCGCCCAGCACCUGCACCGGGCUAUCCUUCGCACUGGUACUUCUCUACUUGCGAAGCACCAGAUCCGUCAUCUGCGAGCGUUCCGCAUCGCCGUUGUCAAAGAUGGUCCGGACGUGAAGCUCUUCACCAAUCCGGGGGCAUUAACAAAAUUGGCCUUGUGGGUUGCUGAGGCGAUCCGGGUACAAGAGAGGGAACGAGGAGACUCCGUCAAGGUAGGACGUAGGCGGGCCCUGGGCACGCCGCUUGUUCUGGCCGGCCUUGACGAGGACCGGGGCUUGUAUGUGGUCGUGGACGACGAUGAAGAGGAGGAGACGGAGGACUCGUCGUCUGAAUCCGAGUCCGAGUCUGAAGAUGAAGAGGACCUGCGCAGCAAUAAGCAUCUUUUGCGAAAUAGGUUUGGAAUUGCGUUCCAGGAAGUGGUGCAAGAAACCAGUGCUCGAGUACGCAUCGAUAGCUUGAGCACUGCGUGGUGGAGGUACAGAAGGAAGACUUAGGAGGCUUCCUGGAAGCGCUGAGCUUCCGCAGUGUCGUCGGGUGA